CUGAGAUGCCUGUGCCCAUUUCUGUCUGCCCCCUUGCCUACCAUUUUCAUUUCUUGACAUGUGGAGCACAGCUGUUGGUUUCUGAGCAGCAUGGAGUCACGCUGGUUCCUCCUGGCCUGAGGGGAAAGAGAGACAGAGAAAGGCGUGGGGAACAGAAAGAGGAGGAACAAAAAGUGAGGAGUUCCUGAGGUGUGCUCCUAGGAUGACCUCUGCCAGAUUGUUCUGCAAGUAGCUUCAUCCUGUGAGAGACAUACAGCACUUAGGAGUUAAAGAGGAAAGAACCAAACUUUGAAGCUAUGGACAACUGGAUAUUGAUCUCUGUUCAUCUACUUCCCAGGGGAUUGCUGGAGAUAUGCCUUCCUAGGCUCAGAGCAUUCGGGUUUGGGCCAGUCUCCAGGAGAGGAGCCCGGAGGUCCUCUGAGCAGCCAGGAGGGGGCAGCAGCCACGUCGCGAUGGUUCCGGCUGGUGAAGGGUGCUCUCGCUGAGGAGCUUGCGGCGGACCCGGAAGUGCUCCGCCACAGUCGCAGCCCCUGCGCCCCGGAGCGGGAAAAAGGCUGGGUGCCGCCGUCCCCCAGCUGCGCAUCCCUAGGAACUCUCGGGCAGGAACUUGGCUGUGUUGUCCUUCCUCAGAGACAAAUUCAUCUGUUGUAGGCCUAGCCUGGGUUGCUGCCUUUGAAAACAAGGAAAGGUUGAUAGAACAUCAACCACAGCAUGGAAUUUCCAGGGAGGUGUGAUUUCAAAACUUCGUAAAGAACAAGAACCACCUGGACUUCUGUGAGGGCGAUAAUUAAACUGGCCUGAGUUUGAAUGAAAGGAUAAUGUGUGCCCAAUCUGUAAAUAGCACCAAGGAGGUCAAGUGGCAGAAGGUCUUAUAUGAGCGACAGCCCUUUCCUGAUAACUAUGUGGACCGGCGAUUCCUGGAAGAGCUCCGGAAAAACAUCCAUGCUCGGAAAUACCAAUACUGGGCUGUGGUAUUUGAGUCCAGUGUGGUGAUCCAGCAACUGUGCAGCGUUUGUGUUUUUGUGGUUAUCUGGUGGUAUAUGGAUGAGGGUCUUCUGGCCCCCCAUUGGCUUUUUGGGACUGGCCUGGCUUCUUCAUUAACUGGGUAUGUUUUGUUUGAUCUCAUUGAUGGAGGUGAAGGGCGGAAGAAGAGUGGGCAGACCCGGUGGGCUGACCUGAAGAGUGCCCUAGUCUUCAUUACUUUCACUUACGGGUUUUCACCAGUGCUGAAGACCCUUACAGAGUCUGUCAGCACUGACACCAUCUAUGCCAUGUCAGUCUUCAUGCUGUUAGGCCACCUCAUCUUUUUUGACUAUGGUGCCAAUGCUGCCAUUGUAUCCAGCACACUAUCCUUGAACAUGGCCAUCUUUGCUUCUGUAUGCUUGGCUUCACGUCUUCCCCGGUCCCUGCAUGCCUUCAUCAUGGUAACGUUUGCCAUUCAGAUUUUUGCCCUAUGGCCCAUGUUACAGAAGAAACUAAAGGCAUGUACUCCCCGGAGCUAUGUGGGGGUCACACUGCUCUUUGCAUUUUCAGCCUUGGGAGGCCUACUGUCCAUCAGUGCUGUGGGAGCCAUACUCUUUGCCCUUCUGCUGAUGUCUAUCUCAUGUCUCUGUCCAUUCUACCUCAUUCGCUUGCAGCUUUUUAAAGAAAACAUUCAUGGGCCUUGGGAUGAAGCUGAAAUCAAGGAAGACUUGUCCAGGUUCCUCAGUUAAAUUAGGACAUCCAUUACGUUAUUAAGGCAAGCUGAUAGACUAGCCUCCUAACUAGUAUAGAACAUAAAGACAGAGUUCCAUUCUGGAAGCAGCAUGUCAUUGUGGUAAGAGAACAGAGAUCAAAACAAAAAAGAUGAACCAAAGGCUUGGGUGGUGCGGGUCCUUACCCUUUCCGUUAUUUUGUGGAUGAAAAUACUUCAUGGGACCCUCUUGAAUUACAUGCUGUAACAUAUGAAGUGAUGUGGUUUCUAUUAAAAAAAUAACACAU